CUUUGCCUUCUGCUCACCAAUCUGGCCUCUUUGCCUUCUGCUCACCAAUCUGGCCUCUUUGCCUUUUGCUCAGCAAUCUGGCCUCUUUGCCUUUUGCUCACCAAUCUGGCCUCUUUGCCUUUUGCUCACCAAUCUGGCCUCUUUGCCUUUUGCUCACCAAUCUGGCCUCUUUGCCUUUUGCUCAGCAAUCUGGCCUCUUUGCCUUCUGCUCACCAAGGAGGAAACCAUUGAGCAGCUCGCCAGCCGAGCGGCACAACAACCUGGAGAGAGAUGCCUAGCGCACACAUCAUUAGUGGAGUGAAGUUGCUUGUUCAAUAAUAAAGCAUAUAUCCCUUGUUAUUAGCUUGUACCUAUAAUUGUUGAUCAGUUAGGUAGCUUGUUAACUAGCAAUACACUGCUUCAAAUUACAAUUGUUCAGAAUGUGUAGGUUUACUAGUUAAAAAGAAAAUAAAUCAAAUGUAAUUGUUCAAUGUGUAAUUGUUUCAUAAUUCAAUGUGUCGUGUUUAAAAAUAUCUGAUCAUAUAAAAUGUGUUGUAUUUAUAUUACUUUUACAACUAAAAAUAUAUGAUAAUAAACAAACAAAUCUAAACUAACAAAUGUCAAAUCAUAUUUUUCGCCGAGAUGGCCAGUCAAUUUGAGAUACAAAAGAGACAGGCUAUUUUUAAUUGUUCACAUUAUUUUCGUAGACGAUGUAUUGAAGUCAAGUGGUUCAACAUUGAAAUGCAGCUUGCUGUACCACACAGGACAGCCAGGAAAAAGCGACGGUCGGUGGAACUCUGGCGCCACCAAGUGGACAAUUGCUUCAGUUCAGUUGUGGCAGCAGCGCUACCGGAUAUAUUUGAUACAAGAUCAAAUGUUAUGUCAAUAUAAUUAUCUCCAAAUUGUUCCCCCCCACCCGUAAUAUAUUAUUAUUCCAAUGUAGCUGUUGAUCUGGUGUUAAUUUAACAAAGCUUCCUCUCAUUUCUGAUUGGAGGGCGAAGACCACGUGGCAUUAGAACCUACAAAUGUGUUACAUUGUAACAGUCGAACGUGGUCAUUCCUGACGUUGAUCAACUCCCAAUCCAUGCCACCUUUUAUUUCAAGCGUUGUCCUUUUCGUGGUAAAAAAAGAAAAGCAUACAGAGCUCAUUUUGGUGUGUCCGCUGUCGAAUUUGACGUGUCGGAGAACGGCCACUUUCUCGCGAAACCAUUGUGGGUAUCGCUUCUCGGCCUUUUGGCUAAGAUCAAGAAAAAGAUCGCGAGAAGUACCCGCGGGAUCCACAAGGAGGUGCGAUGUCGACAUCGGCCACAUCACAGUCAGCAGCCGCUGGACUGAAGAACACGCUGCGUUUUCAAUGGACCGGAAAUGAUAGUUUGAUGGAGAGAUUUCGUUUUGGGAAGGAAGUCCUUUUUGGACCACUACGCCUGACAGCAGACGACGUUCACUGCCUGCAACAGAACACACCGGAGAAGUUUUACGACGUGUCGUUCUACACCAUCACCAGGCUGGAGGAGGUGAGAGGGCUUUUCCGCGCGAACGCGACAGCACCCGCCCUCAGUGCGUUUCAAGUGGAGUCCCUGUGCAGGCACAACAUGAGGGUGCUAACGGUGCACAUGUUCAACCCAUGGGUCACAGAGGAAACAUUAGUGUGCUACCUCAGCCGGUACGUGACCAUCUUGCCAGGAGUGAGAGACAUUAAGGACGCCCUGGGCAUCUGGACAGGGAAGAGGCAGUUUCGUGUGCUGCUAAAGGAGGACGAGAGCGGCCAUGAUGGCUACCGCCAUCCACCCGCUUCUUUUUCCAUCGGAGCAGACAGGGGCUACCUUAUGUAUGCUGGUCAGCCUCGUUUCUGCAGGAAGUGCAGCACCUACGGGCACCUCGCUGAUGCCUGCACCCAGACAAGGUGCAGAAACUGUGGGACUCUGGGCCAUAUAAUGAGGGAUUGCACCGUGCCCAAGCGCUGCAGUCUGUGCAACUCAGAGGACCACCUGUUCCGUCACUGCCCGAAGGCAGCCCCCUCUUACGCCAGAGCGGUGAGCGGGAAAAGAGCGGAGAGCGACAAAAGACCAGAGAGUGGGAAAAGACCAGACGAGGGAGAAGGACUGGAACUACGCGCCAUUGAGGAGGUGGUGGAGGAGCUGGUGAUGGAGAGAGAACUGCGAGGGUCCGAGGAGAGCGGGAGUGAGACGCCAUCAUCAUCCCACGAGGAGAGCGGAGAGACCAACGGGAGUUGGAACAAGCAAGUGGAGGGGGAGAAGGGAGAGCCCACCGCGCCCUCGGCUCAGGAGAGCUGGACAACGGUGAGAGAGAGGAGGAAGUGCUCGGUGAAGAGGAAGCAGAUGAGCCCUGUUUCCCCACUCAUCAGCAUGGAGGCGACGGAGAAGUCUGCUCUGGGGGGAAACCGUUUCAGUGUUUUGGAAAGCGGGAGGUCUGAGGAGAAAGGCGAGGGAAACCCGGGCAGCGCAGAGGAGACUCUGCUUUCCCCGUCAGGCAGCUCCAUCGACAGCAGCGGUCUGGCACCCAGCGGUGUUCCAGCGCCCACACAGAUGGAGGAGGAAAGGGUUUUCCCAACCAAGAUCCUUGUGGACAGUCCUCCCGCUGGAGACCACCGUUUCCCGGAUAGGCCUCCUAACGAGGAGAUGUAUUUAAAAUUUAUCAUCUGAUGACUUGGACAGCUUGGACUUUCUAGUCUUCCCAUUCCUUCACCGACUCAAUCACCUCCACGUUCCUCACUGAUUGGUCAGGAGCCAUGGCAGGCCAAUCAGAGAGCUCCAGGUUGCCGCUGGCCCCUAACCCUAACACCCCCUUCCC